GGGGCGGUCCCUGCUGGGAGGGCGGGGCCCGACCGGCGCUCUGUGCGGCAGAGGCCAUGAAGCCGCAGCCGCCGGGCUAGGCCCCGGGCGGCUCUAGCCCAGGGCGGCCCGCGGAGGGCUGGGCCUAGCCCCCGGCUCCGGUUCCCGGGCCGGCGGGCGGCCUCUCACCAUGCCCGGCAAGCACCAGCACUUCCAGGAACCCGAGGUCGGCUGCUGCGGGAAAUACUUCCUGUUUGGCUUCAACAUCGUCUUCUGGGGCGUUCUCUCUAACAUCUCGGCGCUGACAGAUCUGGGAGGCCUUGACCCUGUGUGGCUGUUUGUAGUGGUUGGAGGCAUCAUGUCGGUGCUGGGCUUUGCCGGCUGCAUCGGGGCCCUCCGGGAGAACACCUUCCUGCUCAAGUUUUUCUCUGUGUUCCUUGGCCUCAUCUUCUUCCUGGAGCUGGCAACAGGGAUCCUGGCCUUUGUCUUCAAGGACUGGAUUCGAGACCAGCUCAACCUCUUCAUCAACAACAACGUCAAGGCCUAUCGGGACGACAUUGACCUCCAGAACCUCAUUGACUUUGCUCAGGAAUACUGGUCUUGCUGCGGAGCCCGAGGGCCCAACGACUGGAACCUCAAUAUCUACUUCAACUGCACUGACUUGAACCCAAGCCGGGAGCGCUGUGGGGUGCCCUUCUCCUGCUGCGUCAGGGAUCCUGCGGAAGAUGUCCUCAACACUCAGUGUGGCUACGAUGUCCGGCUCAAACUGGAGUUGGAGCAGCAGGGCUCCAUCCACACCAAAGGCUGCGUGGGCCAGUUUGAAAAGUGGCUGCAGGACAACCUGAUCGUCGUGGCUGGGGUCUUUGUGGGCAUCGCCCUUCUCCAGAUCUUUGGUAUAUGCCUGGCCCAGAACCUCGUGAGCGACAUCAAGGCAGUGAAGGCCAACUGGUGAGGCUGCCACGCUGGCCACGGCCACUGGCCUGGCCUACCCAGGGACCCCUUCCCCCACUGUGCCCAUGAUGGGCAAGACUGCAGGAAGUGUUUCUUCUUGGACCUGAGCCCCACGUGGGGCUCGCAUGCCACUGUGUUGUGUGCCCUCAGAGCUGAGUGGCUCUGCCAGGGGCUGUCUAUCCUGGAGCUCGUUGCAUGGAGGGCGGGUGUGGCAGGGUGGGUGAGUGCAGGAAGCCACCGACUUGGCUGUUGUUGGGUGGCAGGCUCUCCAGGGAACUAUGAAGGUCACAGCUGAGGGGGUGCAAGCCAGGUGGGGUAGGAAGGGUCUGCUCUGUGUCUCCCCAACACCGCCAGGGACCCAUGUCUGUGUAUGGCCGUGUGGGGUGGCUUGGGGCAUGCUGUUGCAUGGGACACAGCCUCACGCAUCUCAGAGCUCUCUCCACUAGCUGUGACCUUGACCCUGCCAGGAGCCCACUUCAGCCUCAACGUCUCAGACUCUAAAAUGGGUCCAAGAAUUUUCUCUCCCUUGCUUGCCUCUCAGGAUCAAACAUGAUGAUGGCUACAAACUACUCAAAUAAACAAAACCUUGAAAAUCCCUGGCUUCUGCCCAGCAUCUUGGAGGUUCUAUCAGCCGUCAGGCCUCAGCAGAGCUCUCCGCCUGGGGCCCUGACCCGGACCCACUCUGCCAGCGUGUUUCCUUGGCCUGGGCAGUGUAUACAUUUGCGCUGACUUUAAAACUUGGUGUAUUUCACAUAAAAGUCCAGAUCCAUGGCUUCUCAUGAAGAUUGGCUACCCGGUCACGGCAGCUCUUGGGACAUCGUCUCCUGGGCCAUCUGCUUCCUGUUCUCUGAGGGCCCUGUCCAGCCUGUGCCACUCACUCCGUGGGCUGGAGUUGGCCUCCUCUGCCCCUGUGGGUUUUGCUCUGCAGACACCACGAGGCUGCUGUGGGGCCAAGCCUGGGACGAGGCACAGGGAUGUCAAGAAAGGGGAGGCUGGACCCUGCCCUGAAGAAGCCACAGCUGGGGAGGGAGCCGGCCCUGCUAGGGACUGAGAUGGGGGCCCAGGAGAGUGGCUGAGAGGUGGGAUGGAGCUUAGGAAGGUUUUGGGAAGGAAGUAGUUGGAAGCUUGGCACCCUUGGGAUUGGGAGGAGCCUGCUUUGGGGCCCUUGGUGGUUGUCGCCUGGGUUUCCUUGGAAACAAACAGAAAAUCUUCACGGUGGCCUGCAGAGCCGCCUCUUGGCCACCAGAGGGCGCGCCAGCACAGCCUUACCUGCGUCUGGCUGCUUCCUCCGCAGCCUCACCCUGGUACAGCUUAACCAGUGCUUCGGGAAACUUGAGAACUUUUAAAGGAGCAACUGGUUCAGACUCAGCCGCAGUUAGGAAAGUCUGCUGCUCUCAGCUCUGACUCUUAGCCGCAUGAGGGGUGUGUGUGGAGUGAAUGCCGCGCCCAUCCCUGGGCUGCCCUUUGUGGAUAAAAGGAGGGGUUUGAGCCAGUUCACAGAUCUCCCACUCAGGUGCCCUUUAAGUCAGGUAGGUUGUAUAAAUGAAUGAAGGAGGCCUUUGACUUGUGAGGCCUUGGCAGUGCAACUGACUUUCCUUCCUACCAUUCCUGAAGAAGACAUGGAGAGAUAGCGCUUUAUGACAAGAGAAAUAUUUGGAUCAUCAUUGACAGUGGCAGCUGACCUUGAGAUACAGUAGGGUGUGGUGGGGGGUAUGGCAGAGCACAGAUUGCUGCCUGAAGUUGGUGGCUGUCGUUCAGUUGCAGCUAAUUGCUGUGAAGCAGGUAUGCAGGUCUAAUGUCAGAAAUCUGGAGAAGCUAGAAGUCCCGGGUUUUUUUUUUUUUUUUUUUUUUUUUUUUUUUUUUUUUUGUGAGAUAUCCUUGAUUUUUAAGUUGUUGGCAACUAAUGAAAAAAAUUUUUAAUGCCGCAAGGCCAACAAAAGGUAUAGGGGUCAGCUUUGGCCCCUGUGCAACCAUAGGUUGCUCUGGGACAAUCACCUACCGGGGCCCUGGCUGCUCUGCCAUUCAGGGGUGCUGGGAGCUGCUGCCAGGAGGGCAGCGUGUGGGGUAUGCACCCAGCAUCGUGGCUCCCAGACACAGGCUGGACAGUGUCUUGGAGCCCCUGGCAGGCACCUGCACACUACAAUAAAUGCUGCUCAGAGUA